ACUUUUCACACCAGACUACUUUCACUGUUGGACGAGCACGCACACCCUUGUUUCCAUGAAGUCAACUCAUUAGACUGUUGUCAAAUCCCGAAAAGGACUCAACUGACAGUUAGGAGCCAUAGAGACGAUGGAGAACCAAACCUGCAGUAAAAGCCAAGUGGCAAACUCAUUCCUUCAGUUUGUGAUGAUCCUUGAUCUAGUUGUUGGACUUCCAGGGACCAUUAUAGCCUUGUGGAUUUUUUGCAAGAUAAAAAAAUGGAAACCUCACAUCAUCUUUCUCUUCAACCUUGUUUUGGCGGAUUUCCUGCUCCUCGCCAGUGUGCCGUUCCGGAUCGAUGCCCACAUCCAAGGAGGCAGCUGGAGAUUUGGAUCCUUCUGGUGCCGCGUCAACCUCUACAUGCUGUCUGUCAACCGCUCAGCCAGCAUAGCCUUCCUGACAACAGUGGCUCUGAACCGCUACGUGAAAGUGGUCUAUCCCCGUCAUUGCAUCAGCGAAUUGUCUUCAGUAGCUGCGAGCAGAAUUUCAGCCUUGAUCUGGGUUGUUGUGAUUGCAUUUCGGAUUCCACUGUUAACAACAAACCUCUUUCACGAAAGUGCUAAAGUCAACGUGUGUCGCAGUUUCGACAACUACAAAGUAAUCCCUAAACCUUUAUACGUGCACUACGUGCUCUACAUCUUUGAGUUCAUCCUGCCAUGGCUGGUGUUGCUGUUCUGCUCAAUCCGGAUCACCUGUUCCCUUCAACGACAGAGAAUUGGAAGCCAGGAGAUUCUCCGCAAAGCCAUACGAGCAGUAAUGGUGAUCACCACAGUGUUCACCCUGUGCUUCAUGCCAGGCGUUGUCACCGGCCUUGGCUCCGUUUACAUCAAUAUGUACAGCAACGAAGAUUGCAAACACACCUCAUGGAAUCAGGCUUUCAUGAUUGGCAUUGGGUUCACGUACCUGCACAGUGCUUUGGACCCUGUCAUCUACUUUUUCUCCAGUUCCACAUUCACACAAACGUUCAAAAACUCUGUGAAUCCCAAAAGAAAAAGGAAAGAGCAACGGUCUGCACUUGCCAAAUUGCAAAAGUAAUGGGACUGUUUCUGUUAGCAUUUCCCAGCAUGCUUUGUCAAAGAGAAGACAGAUUUAACCGUCCUGCAAAAAAAAAAAAAGAGCCAAAAGAUCAAAGAAGAAGAUGACUUAGAUGACUGAUGUCUUAACAGCUUUAGAAUGGUUAGCACUUCAUUUUUAAACUAAUAAAAUAGUUGCGUAUAUAUUUUUUUAUUUUCUCAAUAAUUCUUUUUCUGCUUAAAAGCUGCUCACACACUUUUUACUAUGCUAAUUCUUACAACUAUAAACACUAAGGAAUUUCAAAGUGUGAAAGUGGUCGGGUUUGCAUUUAUUUAUAUAAUUGGGAUUUGGGAUUAAAUUGUCCAAUGGAUGGAAAAUUCCCCUCCACCACCAGGUGUGUCCACUGAUGCUGAAUUUAACUUUGACUUUAUAAGCAGUUGUUUUUUCUAUUGUUGUUUGUGUUGCAAUCCCAAUUGUUUUUAUAUUUGUUUGCUAAAUAAGAAUAAAACCUGAACUAGUGCUUGUA